UUUUUAUAAGCAUCUUGAACGCGCGCAUCUUGUGAUGGCUUUGGUGCGAAGCUCCUCGUAUCGUGAUCUUGCCCGGGAAUUGGAUCGUCCGCGUCCGCUCUACCAACCGUCCUACGACUUGUAUCCCUAUCUCUGGGAUGAUCCACGCAGCUGGUGGCCCAACACUACUGUUCCCUCCGCUUUAAGCAGUCGGGAUUAUCUGCGUCCCUUGGAUGAGCUGGUGUCACGUCGAGUGCGCAAUCAAUUGAUCCAAUCCUCGCCUUACGAAUGGUCGUAUCCCAUGCGAUGGGACAACUACUAUGCGGGGGAGCGUGUGCAUGCGGAUGAGAAGGGAUUCCGCAUCGAUAUCGAUGUGCGUCAAUUUCGCCCGCAUGAAAUUGUGGUGAAGACCAACGAUGACUAUGUCAUGGUCGAGGGUAAUCAUGGCAAGCGCAACGAAGGCGCCAAUGGCUACGUGGAGAGACACUUUGUGCGCAAAUAUCUUCUGCCCCGCGGCUACAACGCCAACGAGGUCAUCUCGGACAUCUCCACCGAUGGCAUUCUCACCAUUAAGGCGCCUCCGCCACCACCAGCCAAGUACUACAGUCCAAGCGAGCGGUUGGUGCGAGUUCAUGAGACGGGCAAACUGGCGUUGCCCUGGAAAUAGUGCAGAGCAUCCUCCUUCUCCUCUUUAGACUGCCCCUGAUUCAAGGUGAACUAUUUUUGGCGCAGCGAAAUUAGUUUUAAAUAAGCAAAAUAAAUAUGUGUGCAAGCACUGGCAGCAACAACAACGUAAUGCGCAAUAAACCGUUGCAGCAGGUGCAAGAGUGCAGUGUGACCCUACGGAAGUGUGACCGCCGCAAAGCUGUCCUUAAAAAAUAUACUAGCCGGCUCAAACAAUUAUACUAAAGCAGAGAGCAUCCUUUUGCAGCAUAUACAAUUUGUUCAACUCAAUAUACUAAUAAUAAAAAUACAGCGAAAAAGAGAAUAAAAAUACUUUACGUAUAAAUAGA